GAGGCCAUCGUUGAAGUGGCGCCCCUCGAAGUAUUGCGUCCAGCAGCGAAGCCGGCGCAGGACGAGCAAGCAGCACUGGCAGCGGUCAUCAAAGAAGAAGCGACUGUGGUGGACAAGGCACCAGCAGUGGCAGAGGAAGUAGAGGCUCCUGUGCCUGCACCGCCUGCAGCUCCAGAAGAGGAGCACAAAGCUGUUGUCAACAACCGCUUUACUGUCGCAUUGGAGGCUGAAGGUGACAUUGGCCUUGUCCUCGAUGACUUGAGUGAACAAGGUCCUGUGGUUGCGGACAUUCAGAAAGGGCUCGUGCAAGACAUGGGCUUGCAGUCCCCAGACCUUGCGCUUAGGCAGUACGAUUGCAUCACGGCUGUCAACGACGUCGAGGGUGAUGUGGGCUACAUGUGCGAACUCCUUGAAGCACCUACAAAGGCACGUACUGUCUUGAAGGUGCUGCGGCCAACAGAAAUGCACAUCUCCUUUAAGAAGUCGGGAGAAGAGCCUCUGGGAAUCCACAUGAACUUCAAGACCUCCUCUGCAGGGAUUGUGCUGGAGCAGAUCAAGGAAGGAGGACAGUUUGACCGACACCUGGCCUCGUUGCCAGAGGAUGCACGUCUCAGACCUGGUGACCGCAUCAUUGCCAUCAACGCCCUUCGUUUGCGAGGAACUGAGCUGGUCGAGACUUUGAAGAAG